AUGCCACGCGAGGAUACCAAGCGACGUACGCGUCUUGUGGACGAAGAUGACGGCGAGACAGUGGAGUUCACGACGUCCAAGGACAUCACCGUGUUCCCCACAUUUGAGGCCAUGGGGCUUAAAGAGGACCUGCUUCGAGGCAUCUACUCAUACGGCUUUGAGAAGCCGUCAGCCAUCCAGCAACGCGCCAUCAAGCCAGCAAUUCAGGGCCGCGAUCUGAUCGCCCAGUCCCAGUCGGGAACAGGCAAAACCGCCGUGUUUUCCAUCUCCAUCCUGCAAUCUCUGGACACCUCUAGCAACGAAACGCAAGCUCUGGUAGUCUCCCCCACCCGAGAGCUGGCGGAGCAGACGCAGAAGGUCGUUCUGGCCUUGGGCGACUUCAUGAACGUGCAGUGCCACGCCUGUAUUGGCGGCAAGAGCGUGGGCGAAGACAUCCGUCGUCUGGACUUUGGUGUACAGGUUGUGUCCGGUACUCCAGGGCGGAUAUUCGACAUGAUCCGCCGCCGCAACUUGCGCACUCGCAACAUCAAAAUGCUGGUGAUUGACGAGGCCGACGAGAUGCUGAACAAAGGCUUCAAGGAGCAGAUCUACGAUAUUUACCGGUAUUUACCGCCGUCUACCCAAGUACUGUUGGUGUCAGCUACUAUGCCCCAGGAAGUACUGGACCUGACACGUAAGUUCAUGAACGAACCGGUUAAAGUACUGGUCAAGCGUGACGAGCUGACGCUGGAAGGCAUCAAGCAGUUCUUUGUGGCCGUGGAGAAGGAGGAGUGGAAGUUCGACACUCUGUGCGACCUGUACGACACGCUGACCAUCACUCAGGCUGUCAUUUUCUGCAACACGAAGCGGAAAGUGGACUGGCUGACGUCCAAGAUGCGCGAAGCCAACUUUACCGUCUCGGCCAUGCACGGAGACAUGCCCCAGAAGGAGCGAGACGCGAUCAUGCAGGAGUUCCGCUCGGGUGGCUCGCGUGUCCUCAUCACCACAGACGUGUGGGGUCGCGGACUGGACGUGCAGCAGGUGUCGCUGGUGAUCUGCUACGACCUGCCGAACAACCGAGAGCUGUAUAUCCACCGAAUCGGUCGCUCGGGUCGCUUCGGGCGGAAGGGAGUGGCCAUCAACUUUGUCAAGGACGACGACAUCCGUAUCCUGCGAGACAUUGAGCAGUACUAUAGCACGCAGAUCGACGAGAUGCCCAUGAACGUGGCAGACCUCAUCUAA